AUGGCAGCUGAAAUAUGUCUGACUGGUGUUGAUGGAGAUGACGAAGAUGCAGAUCCGGACAUUAACGCCCUCGUCCUACUGCAAGAAUCAGUGAAAAUGGCGGAAGAAUCAACCUCUGGCAAUGACUCUUUUCACAGACUGACUCUGAAGCAACCCAGUGUCCUAGAUGUUCUGUCAAACGCAGACAUGUUGUCUCCUGUUGGCUUAGGCAAUGGACUUUAUUUACAUGAGGCCACACAGGCUGAUGAAGUCAACAGUAUGCUCAUAGAGAAAGAUGAGGGGAAAAGCAUAACCCAGUUGAAAACAGUGCAGGAAAUAGAUACUGCAGAAAUUUGGGGUUUUGAUGUGGAAUCUCCAGAAAACUCAUCAGAUGAUUUCAGCAGCCCCAGUGAUGUCCAAUGGGAUCCUCAUAAAGAGUUUAUGCAGUUUCUCUUGGAGAAACACAAUGAUUCCUCAAGUGAGGAACCUAAAGAGGUAUUACAUCCUCUAAACAGCCAGGGAAGAAGAAAACGGAAAAUGGACAUAGUUGCCAUGGCGGAUCCCUCAGAGGACAUGCACCCUGAUUUGAAUCACAAGUUAUCUGAGGAUUAUUCUCAUACAGAAGACCAAGUGGGCUCCAUUCCUCUUAAAGAUGUCAAACAGUCAAGGACUUUUUCCAAGCUGCAGACAUCCAAGACAGUAAAUGUUCCGAGUUAUCCCAACGGAACCAUGAAAGCCAUCAAGCAAGUUCUUCGCAAUGUACCGGAAAGACAGUCGCAUGAAGACAACCCAAGCUGUGGCCUUUCAUUGUUGAAGGACAGGCUCACAGCAAAUUCUCAUUCAGAGGAGAAAGCGUCCUUUUACCCAUGCCCAAAAUGUAAGCUCGUUUUCAAGAAGUCCCAUUUGCAGCGUCAUAUGAAAACUCACGAAAAGCCACCAAAUCUUUCGCCAAAGACUUUUACCUGUGGAGAAUGUGGAGAUUCUUUCAGACAAAGUAGUCUUCUUAUCGAGCACAUGACCGUACACCAUGAAAAAAGAUCACGGCUACCCGGCAAACUCAAAGGAUGCACGGACAAGAACAACGAGGAGAAAAACACAAAACUUUUCUGCCCGCAGUGUCCAUUCGUUACAAACUGCCCCAACACGUUUGUUCAACAUGCAAAAACCCACGAUAAGAGAAAGUUUAAAUGCGACAAAUGUAGCUACAGGACUGAGAACAGCUACGAUCUUCGCAGACACAGUCUCAUACAGCAUACAGCAAAAACAGUUUACAGCAAGCAAAUCUGGGGCAAUAACUCUCAAACCCUCUCCUGUAACAUUUGUCCUUAUAAAACUUUUAGCAAAACGGUUUUUAAACAUCACUUGGUGCGUCGCCAUCAGCAAGAGUAUGAGGAAUAUGAAUUUGCGCGGUAUGCUGAGAACAAUGCACAACCAUUCGAAAAGCAGCACAUUCCUUUUUGCACAUCGGUACAAGAUGCAGAGCUAACAUCAAAAAUUAUGAUUAAAAAUCAAGUCUCCUCAAAAAGGCCUGCCAAGUCAAACGACAUAUCUGAUUUAUUUAAAGGUAACAAGAUCAGGAGCGGUUUCAAUUCUGAACUAACUGAAUCCAAACUGGACAAAUCCAUUAAUGUUUUGCUGUCCCGGCAAAAUCAUGUGAAGAAGACUAAAUCUGUAACUGCUUCCAACUAUGAAAAUGAAGGUUCUGAUCAGGUAGCGCCCCCUACCGUUAAGGAAGAUACGACAUUAUCUUCAAAUGGCCUCACAGGAUCGUCCCAUUACGCUGAUAGAGUUCCCAAUUGCAACCCAGCUCAAUCGCCGAUCAAGAAGUCGCCAUCUAAAAGAAAGAUGUCAACCCCAUAUCGCAACACGCCGGACCAAGACUCACGUUUCAUCUCGCCAAAACCUUCGCCAAGCCCAAAGAGACUUAACCAAGGAGACGCAGACGAAUAUGACCGAAAAGACACUUUCCGUCUUAAAGAUUCGGAUGACGAUGGUGUCAAUCCAGAGAAUCACAAUUUAAUUUAUACCUACAGCAGAAGUAUGUCGAUACAUGAUGCUCUGCAGGCAUCAAAACAUAUUUUUGAGGAAACGAAGAAUGACGAGCAGAAGUACAAUGAACCUACCAUAAAAGAAGAGUGCAUCGAAACAGAAGUGUACGACUCUCAUCCGAUGGCUUUGCAAGAAUCCAUAGCAGAAGACACGGCCGAGUUGGAACUGUACCAAAAGAGCUGUCCCUACUGUUCUGCGGUCUUCAAGUCGGGAGUGGGGUUGUCCAAUCACGUGAGAGGACAUCUUCACAGGGUUGGACUGACCUAUAGAGCGCGCCAUGUUCUGACUCCUGAGCAAGUGGCUUGUAAAGACCGCAAGCCCAAAAUCCAACAGAAGAUCACAACGUUCCGGAAACUGAAAACAGUGUUGCAAUUGCCGCCAGAUUCUAAGGACCCAGGUCUUCAUUCCUGCCCGUUAUGUGGGGAAUUUUUUAACAAUAGGAAAGGACAGUCCAACCACGUACGUGGCCACCUCAAGAAGAUUGGUAGAGGCUACUUAUCAAAGAACAGAUCCCCAUUAAUCGCGUUCAAGGAGUUGAUGCGUAACAAAAAGGAGUACCUGAGGGCAGUUGAGAUUCUCGGAAAGAAACAAAACCAUUUCCAUCAGGGAGCUGGUCGCUUCACGCCAGCCUCCUUUGAAAACCUUCAGGUUAACUUGGACUCAAGCGUGUGCGAGGAUGUCAAACCCAAACACCUGCCUGUGUUUUCAUUCCUGGAAACGGACGAUGACAAAAGGCGAAUACAGACCAAGUUAGAUGACAGACAUUCUCUUUCCGACACCACCGCAUUGAUAGGAAUUCUGAAGAAGAGAAAGUGCCAGGAAGACUCCAAACCCAAGGGAGUUCUACAUGUAUCCAGGUCUCCUGUAGCGGUCUCCUCAAACAGCGAACACAGUCCUGGACCAAAAGUGGCCGCUUCACUGCCAGUCCCUGUGUCGGAGAAAGGUGAAUUCAACAGGAAAGCGUGUGUCCACUGCAACGCAAGUUUCCACAGUGGCGUGAGCCUGUCCAAUCAUGUGCGAGCAUGUGUGAAGCGGAAAAGAACCGCCUCACUCGAAGGAAACACGUUCGACUGCAAAGCGAGGAGGCAGCGUUUACGGCAGAGCUCCAAGAAGAAGACGCUGCCGUUGACCCAAACACCCGAGGAUAUGUACAGACUCACGUGCAGGUUCUGUGACCUGGUCUUCCAGGGUCCUUUGUCGGUCCAGGAGGACUGGGUGAAGCACCUCCAGAGACACAUCAUGAACACUGGAGUCCCUCACACUGGGCUGGGCAUGGUGGAGGCCAUAUCACCCUCCGCAGACUUGGCUGGCGUCAAGAGCGACCAGGAGAACACUCCCAUUGCCACCUCCUGAACACAACCUGAACUUUGCUUUAUGUACAUGGGAUGUCUUUUCACUUUUUUGUAGGACGUACAGGCCAAAAGUACAAUCUGCAUCUUUCAGAUUGCCGUAUAAAUGGAGACUUUUUGGACAAUGAUUUUGGAUAUUUUCCCCCCCGUGGAAGAAGAGUUCCACCGCAGUAAGGAAGACAACCUUUACCUCAGACUCGGAAU